AUGGCGGAACCUCAAACAGAAACGUAUCCAUUUUACUCGCAGGAAUGGCAGGACGCGGUACCGACAGCAGAACAAAAGGACUUCGUCAAAAAUCCAUCGAACAACUGGAUCAAGUGCGCCUGGCCCAACAUCACUGACAAUCUCGAUUAUGAAAAUGCCCGUCGGUUCGGACAUACAACUAAUCCCAAAUGGGUCAAUAAAUUCUACGCGUUGUUCUUCGAUGGUGGAUGGCAGGGAUCAGCAAGCGUCGUGGAUGAGGGUACACUUAUAGAAAAGAAGAAAGCAUCCAUUGUUCACGAAAUGCCGCGCAUCAUUGGCGCCUUCGAGCCACCUUGUUCAGAAAACCAAAGGAUAAUGAGCUUCUGGACCAACAGUCAGGCACGCCGCGAUGAGGGUUUAGGCCCGGUCAGGGUGAUCGAUACGACAGGAACUAUCCCCUACUGCGACAUUCAACUAGGACUGCUCAUUGCCCUCAUGAUGUACAAUGAGAGAACGACAUGGAGUAAGGACGACUUCGAGGGUCAACCUAUCACGCGAGAAGACUUGUUCCUUACACCCUUGGUAGUGAUGCAAGCCAUAUCGGAAGACGAAGAAGACAAGAUCAACAAGUUUCUCAACAGCUUGAAGGAUGGAAUUCCUGAGAUUGUGGUCAAAGGGCGACGUCAUCAGCGCACGUCAACACCAGGGCGGGAGGCGAAAGCAAUGGGUCAGUACAUUGAGGCAGUGAAAACCCCUCACUGA